UAUUCAUGGGUGCUUUUUUAACUUUUUAUAAGCAGCAUAAAAUCCUGUUUUUGAGUUUUGCUACUUCAAGUAUUUUUUUAAGGUAAUGCAGCAGUACUAUUAAAUUAGUGCAGGAUUUGUAUACUAUAGAAAUUAAUAAAAUCAACACACGAAUGAAUAUUAAGGCUCAUCAAACGCAUCAAAUAUGAGGUCUGACAAUCAAAAUCAAAAUAAUAAAAAGAUUAAGUUUGUUGAUUUAGAAAAGGACACAAAUUAAACUAGAUUCACAGCUGCUAUGAAUGCAUUUGAAAGUAUCACUAAUUUGAUAAGGGUGAAUUAUAUUCCAAAUACUAAUUGUUUAGAACCUUAAACAAUUGUGGAUAUACUUUAAUAUACAAUAGAAGUUGCAGGAGAUGAAUAUAUUAGAAUAACACUUGCCAAUAGAAAAUAGAGAAGGAUUUAUAAAUCAAAUUCUCAACUUAAUUUAUAUAAAUAAUACAUACUGAAAUAUAAUGAAGACAUUGAAGAGUUGCUAGAGAAGUCAUAAGCAGAAUUAUUGUAAAGAUUAGAAGUUACCAAAGAGAUAUUUGAAGAAAGUAUGCUAGCUUUAAUGGAAAAAGGGUUUUUUUAAUAAUUAUAUAUGCUCCAAGCUUCUGUUAAAUAAAAAAUUAAAGAAAAAAUUCUAUCAAACAAAGAUUUAUCAGUUUAAUAAGUUAAAGAAAUAAUAAGAUAUAGUAUUAAAAUAUUAAAACAGCAGCCAGAACCUUUCCAAUACAUAGUAAACUAAAUGAUGGUAUAAAAUUAUUUUUAAGUUAGAAUAAAAAUGAACUAAAAGAGUACAUACCUAAUGCAAUAAAUAUGAUAGUGUAGGAUUUUACAUACUCAAAGUUUAAAGUUGAAGAAGAGGAUCAAAUUAAAAAUCUUUAGAGACCAGGUAAAAUAUAUUUUUAUUUUAAGAAUGUAUGGGCGACUCUGAAAUCCAUCAAUUGUUAGGGGAAAUAGAAACUACAAUGGCAGAAGUAAUGAAUUAAUUAGGCCUAGGAGGAAUAGAUAGUAUACCAGAAAAUUUUGAAAAUUUUACAUGA